GCGCGCGCGUGUUGCUUCCAGGGAAACGUAGUUCGGUAGCCUGCAUCGCCAGCUGUCUCCAGCAGAGGUGAACUCAGUUUCCCAAGUGGCGCUGCGGAGGCCAGUGCGAAGUCGGGCUUUCCCGGCCUACCGUAAGGUUUGAACCGGGCGGCGGCAGUAGUCGCUGGCACAGGUUCGGUGUGAUGGCGCAAGUGUCGUGCGUCUGGAGAGGUCUCGACCCAGAUUCGAUCUGACGUUGUGGUCUUUCCUGGGCUGUGCCUUGGGUGUCCACAGUUGGGAGAGCAAGGGCACAAGAUGCCAGGGAGCCAGACCCCUGCCGCAGGCUAUGAGUAGGAGCCUGAGCCGGUCUGAGCAGCUCGACGCGCUUCUCAAUGCUACUGACGGAAAUGUGGCCAGGAUUAAGCAAAGGCUGUAUCCCCUUGGAGUCUCCACCGCGGGUAUUGUCCCUUUUUCUACCUAUCCCUCAGCCUUUUCUCUUUCCAGAAUCUGCCUUUUUCCAGUGCCUAUGCCGUCCACUAUUCCUUCCAAAUUCCAGCUUUUUCUUUUCCUGAACAAACAUUUUGACCCCCCCACCCCCCCCAGUAGGCUUUGCACUUGUCCCUUCCUUAUUCCCUCAGCAGGAGACCUGACUGGGACCUGGAUUUCCCCUCAUUACUUGCCUCCCCAGUCCGGAGUCCAAGCUCAACAGCCUUGGGCUCUAGAGACUCCCAUUGUCCCAGAGAGACUAAGUUGGGCUGAGGCCCGUAGUGCAUCUUCUCUCUGGGAUGAAGUUACUAUUCUUCGAUCCCAGCUUCGAUCCCAGGCUCAGGUGACUGAGGCACUAAGGCAGGCUGUGCAGGGCCUGCUGGAAGAGCGAGAGCAGCAGAAGUACCAGAUCUCUGUGCUAGAAGCAUCACUAAGGUUGCUGCAGGGGGGCCCAGAGCAAAGGGUCCUUCUCCUGGAGCAACGCCUGGAGGGGCUGAGAAGGGAACUGCAGGGCCUUCGAAGCCAGGUACAGGAACAGGCCCGAGCCCAAAUACAAACAGGACCACAAAAGUGCAGUGCUACCAGUGGCCUUCACCAAGAGCUGCAGAAUGAUCCGCAACUGCUGUGGGAGGAGUCAGAGAUUCUUCGGGAGGAACUGAAGUUGCUGCGGGACCAGCUGAGCCAGCACCAGGAGCUGCUGCUGAAACAGAUGACUGAGGGGCGGCAAGCUCAGGCCCACAGCUGGAAGAUCUCCAGAGGCAUACCCUUUCUAACCUGGAGCCCAGCAGCUUUCAGCUCCAGGCCCAGAGCCCUAUACUUUAAGGGCCCCAAGAUGCUCCUGAGUGACUGUAAGGACUUGUAAGGGCAGUAGGAUGAUGUCUUCUUUGCUCACUUUCCCCUCCAAGGUCCUGUUUCUGGGUCCCCUUCCCCUCCCCUCUUGAUCUAGCUGGUGUUUGCCCUCCCUACUGAGGCUUGUCACUGCCUGUCCAUCCUUACCCACAAGCAAUAAAAUGGUUUAAUUCUC